AGAACAAACUUCAGGAUGGCUGCUGCUCGUCUCUCUCUGUCCCUGUUUGUGUUGAUGCUGGCUGUCAUCAAUCUGAGUGAAGGUCUGCGUGGUUCUGGCCCAAAGAAAUGCUGCUUUCGCUUCAAUGAAAACAGCAUACCGAAAGAAAGAGUGGUUGGGUACCACAAGACCAGUCAGCGGUGCUCUAACCCUGCCGUCCUGUUGAAAACAGUGGCAGGACGUCAGCUGUGUGUCAGACCUUCGGCCGAUUGGGUGAAGACGAUCAUCAACUACCUGGAUGACAAAUCUUUCCCAGGACAGGCAUCCAACCUGUAACCAGGCAACACAAUUACCACAUAAAAGCCUGAACAAUAUCUUUCUGGUAAUGUGUUGUGAUGCUGCGAUUUCUAACUAUCUGCUGGAGGAUAAGCAUAAGCUACCUGUCCAUCUAUAUGCAAAAUAUAUAGUAAAUAUAUACUAAAUGUUGUUAUGUUUUGUAACUGAUAGAUUUAAAAAAAAAAAAAAAAAAUCUCGGAUGAGACAUAUUUAAAUAUGCACCGUUUUCUACUUCUGCUAAAAUUUGAACAUUUUAAUUUUAUAAUAAGCGACAAUAUGUGUAUUUUUUGCUUAAUUCAACAUUCAGAGUCAGACCGUCACACUGUGAGCUAGUGAAGGGACAACAAAGCUUCCUGAACCAUUUGCUUUAUCUACUGAGCCCACUAGAUGGCGCUCUUUGUUCAACAAAGGUCUUAAAACACACUCAAUUACCAUUUAUAAAGCCCUUUUUUUUAAGCCAAGACCGCCAUCUAGUGGUGUCAAAAAAUAAAGCAAAUCGUUCACGAAGCCUCAUUGUCCCUUCACUACUGUUAACUACUUUUGUUGUAAUUAUCUAUUGUAAUCUGAACUCUUUCACUACAUUCACUUUAAAAGAGCAAUACCUCCAAAUUUCACUUGUCAUCAGUAGAGUAUAAGCUACGGGUUACACCACAUUAACUGUUGUGGGCUCUUUGCCUUUUUGAUAGUUAA